AUGGCAGCCCCAGCAGCCGAGGAGGGCAACUCGGCGACGAUAGACCGGAUCCUGCAGCCGGGACACAAGUUCCGCAACCUCAACCCGUUCUGGGUCCUCGGCAUUGCGCCGACGACAGCCAAGGACGAGCUCAAGUCGGCUACCGCCGGCUCGUACGACACGCUCACCUCGACGUCUGGCGCGUACGCCGAGUUCCAGCGGAUGGUUGCCGAGGCGACAGCCGUCGUCACCCGGACACAGCGUAAGAAGCUCAAGGCUGCCAAGCGUGAGCGGCGCGCUCCAUCGCCGUUUGACGUAGACACUGCGCUCCAGAUUGAGAUCUGCAACCGCAUCGCCGACGCCCAGGCCGAGGCUGUCGUCGCCAAGCAGAUGCACGAGGCCGAGCUGGCGGCGCGCAAGGAGCGCGAAGAGGCCAAGAAGCGCAAGCGCAAGGCCGAGGCUGCGUUUAAGGAAGAGUGGGAGAAGGACCGCGAGUCCCGCGUCUCGUCGUGGCGCAAGUUCAAGAAGCGCAAGAAGAAGCUCCGCGGCCGUAAGGAGACACCUGUCAUGCCAUCAAUGGUUGCGCCACCGGCACCGUAG